AUGGAGGUUCCUGAGUCUCGUAAAUGGAUGUACAACAGGGUCGGUCCUAAUCGAAUGGGACCUAGUGAUGAGUUUUUUAGUGGUGUUGAAGAGUUCAUUUCUUAUGCGUGUGGAAAUAAUCCACGAUUUGUGGACACAGGAACUAUAAGGUGUCCAUGCGUGAGGUGUAAAUGCACAAGAUUUCAGGGGUUGGAUGAUAUAAGGGUGCACUUAUACAGAAAAGGUUUUCAGCCUGGAUAUUAUUACUGGACAGCUCAUGGUGAAGAAAUGCCUGAAAUUCCCACUAUGGAGACUGUCGAUGUGGAAGCAGAUGCUGUAAAUUAUUAUUGGCAAGACAAUAAUCGGGAUAAUUUCAAUCCAUACGAGCAGAUGGUGAUGGACGCUGCUGGACCUUCGGUUGGGAAUGAGUUCUUACAAGGGGAAGAUAACAACCAAUAUGUUGUGCCGGAACCUCCUAAUCCCGAUGCACAAGCUUUCUUUGAUAUGUUGUCUACUGCACAAGCUCCACUAUGGGACGGAUGCGAGUCACACUCAGAGUUGUCAGCUGCGAUGAGGUUAUUAAGUAUUAAAGCCGACUACAAUAUGCCCCAAGGUUGUUUCGAUGACGUUGUUCAUCUAAUGAAAGAGACUAUGCCAGAAGAUAAUAGGAUGCCUGCAGACUUCUAUCAAACCAAGAAGUCGGUGUCUAAACUCGGACUUGGGUAUCAACGAAUCGAUUGUUGUACGAAUGGUUGUAUGAUAUACUAUAAGGAUGACGCAAAUGAGAGGCAGUGCAAAUUUUGCGAGGCAGACCGUUAUAAACCUCGGAGAAUUGGACGACGAAAUUACAAGGAUAUUCCAGCUAAACGUAUGUGGUACCUGCCUCUGAUUCCCAGACUUCAGAGACUUUAUAGUUCAACAGUUACAGCAAAGGAGAUGAGAUGGCAUUAUGAGCAUCGAAGCGAAUCCAACAACAUGUGUCAUCCAUCAGAUGGAGAAGCAUGGAAACACUUUGACAGAAUAUAUCAAGAUUUUGCUUCAGACCCGCGAAAUAUAAGAUUAGGUUUGUGUGCGGAUGGAUUCACUCCUUUUGGACAAUCUGGUAAGAAAUACUCAUGUUGGCCUGUCAUUUUGACUCCUUAUAAUUUACCACCUGGGAUGUGCAUGAAAAGGGAGUUUAUGUUCCUAACAAUAAUCAUUCCGGGUCCUCAAAAUCCGAAGAGCAAAAUCGAUGUUUAUCUACAACCUCUAAUAGAUGAGCUCAAUCAGUUAUGGUGUGAAGGUGUGAUAACCUACGAUGUGCACAUGAAAGAAAAUUUUGUUAUGAGAGCUGCAUUGAUGUGGACUAUCAAUGACUUUCCUGCCUAUGGUAUGCUGUCUGGAUGGAUGACUCAGGGUAAAUUAGCAUGUCCUUACUGCAUGGAGCGUUCAAAGGCGUUUACCUUGAAAAAUGGUAGAAAAAAUUCGUGGUUUGAUUGUCACAGACAAUUUUUGGAUACGACACAUCCUUUUAGGCGGAACAAGGAUGCAUUUUUCAAAAAUCGAAUUGAGAGAUCAGAACCUCCUCCACGUUUGUCUGGGGAAGAAGUAUUGGCACGAGUUUGGAACUUUCCAAAGAUCACUGAUACAGGUAUAUUAUCAUUGCCCGGAUAUGGCCAAGAACAUAAUUGGACCAAGAAGAGCAUCUUCUGGGAUUUGCCUUACUGGCAUAAUAAUCAAAUACGACAUAACCUGGAUGUCAUGCAUAUUGAGAAGAACGUCUUUGAUAACGUUUUCAAUACGUGUAUGGACAUUAAGGGGAAAACAAAGGAUAAUGCUAAGUCGCGAUUGGACCUUCCCCUUUACUGUAAACGCAGAGUUUUAGAGUUGGUGGAGAAUGACAACGGUAAAUCUCUCAAACCGAAAGCACAAUUUUGUCUCAACAUGGAGCAGAAAAGGGCUGUUUGUCAUUGGGUCUCCAGUUUGAAGUUGCCAGACGGCUAUGCCUCCAACCUCGGCAGAUGCGUAGACAUGAGAGAAGGAAAGCUGUUCGGGAUGAAAAGUCAUGACUGUCAUGUUUUCAUGGAGCGACUUCUUCCAAUUGCAUUUAGGGCAUUGCCGGAGCCCAUAUGGGCUGCCAUUACUGAGUUGAGUAACUUUUGUAGAGAUAUAUGUUCAACUACAUUGCGCGAUGAUCAAUUGAUCAUCAUGGAGGCGAAUAUUCCUGUGAUCCUUUCUAAAUUGGAGCGUAUAUUUCCCCCAUCUUUCUUUGAUUCUAUGGAACAUCUCCUGAUACAUCUACCAUUCGAAGCAAGGAUGGGUGGGCCUGUACAAUACAGAUGGAUGUAUCCUUUUGAAAGGUUCCUUCACUUCUUAAAGAAGAAGGUUAAAAAUAAAUCUCGUGUAGAAGGAUCUAUUUGUGAAGCAUAUAUUGUCGAAGAGACAUCAACAUUUGCUUCGUAUUAUUUUGAACCACAUGUGAGCUCUCGACGAACCAGAGUGCCUCGAAAUGAUGACGGUGGUACUUUCAACCCGGAAUUCCCUACCAUUUCGAUCUUCAAUCAACCUGGUCGUCUUGCUGGUGAGGCUGGUAGGCGUUACCUCACUGAUAAAGAAUAUGAUGCAGCAACAUUAUACGUGUUUCUGAAUUGUGAUAUUGUCCAGCCUUUUAUAAACCUGUUUACAGGUUUCGUGCGAGCAUCAACACCUACAUUAUCAGACGACAAAGUUGACUAUGAAAUUGAGAAAGGUUUCGCAUCAUGGUUCAGACAGUAUGUUUAUGACCCACAAAACAUGAUUACCGAUGAACUCAUACGAGACGUGUCUAAAGGGCCAUUGAGGAGGGUUCAGAUAUGGAAUACGUAUUAUGUCAAUGGAUACAAAUUUGAAACUGAUGCCAGAAGUGAAGGCAAGUCAACUACCAACAGCGGUGUAUGCAUACGAGGAACCGAUUAUGGACAGUCAGAAUAUGACUACUACGGAAUCCUGAAAGAGAUUGUUCAAUUGGAUUUCCUAGGACUACCGAAAAAAAAAAUUGUUAUUUUUAAUUGUGAGUGGUUUGACCCAACUCCUAAUCGAGGAACUCGAAUCCAUAAGCAGUAUGGGAUUGUCGAUGUGAAACGUAGAGGGAGGUACAAAAAGUUUGAUCCAUUUAUAAUUGCACAACAAGCGGAGCAAGUAUACUUUGCUCCUUAUCCAGAAGGGAUACGUGAUCGACAAGAUUGGUGGGUCGUGAUUAAGACGAAAGCGAGGCACACAAUUACUGCACAAUUGAAGCAAAUGGAUGACGCCUUUCAAGACGAUGAAGUCACAGUUUCUCAAGUUAGAGGAGAUACUGAUCAAAUAGAGUCUCUCGUCGACAAUGAAGUUGAACCUGAUGAAGUGGAUUCUGAUUCUCCAAUGCAAAUGAUUGAGGAAGAGAUUGAUGAUGAUGAAGAAGAAGAAGAAUUGGAAUUUGAUGAUUCUGAGACAGAGGAAGAACUGGAAGAUGAUUAA